AUGGAGGAGCGAAAGGACCGCCGGCCAACGCUCAUCGACGUUGUCGAGGCGAGGCCCGCGCAGACAAACGACAUGUUGUCGGGUCUCCUACUAGAGGAUGCGAUGAUCCAUAAUGCCAGUCACAAAAUGCACAACCCUGUCGAUAAGAUGGCAUUUCUUGGCUUCCUUGCAGGAGUCUGGGUGGGUUUCGGAGGCAUUGCUGCAACGAGCGUUGCCGGGGGCAUUCCAAAGGCCAUACGAGACGAAUGGCCCGUCCUCCCAAGACUAGGAACCGCAUUCUUCUUUCCUUUUGCUCUGCACUUUAUCAUCCUGUUUGGUGGAGAGUUGUUUACUGGAAACACCAUGAUCCUGUCUAUAGGUCUUUGGAAUCGUGUGAUCCCAGUUCGACGAGCUCUUCUCAACCUUCUCAUCGUCUAUAUUGCCAACUUCUUUGGAUGCGUCCUCAUGUCGUACAUUUUCUCGUACCAGACGGAUAUCUUUGAGGCAGAACCAUGGCGGUCAUUUGUUCAAGAAAUCGCCUACUCUAAAACACGCGCCCACCCAUGGUGGGUGAUUUUCCUCAAGGCAAUUCCAGCCAAUACGCUUGUGUGUAUGGCUGUCAUGUUGGGAUUCGCUGCUCGCGAUAGUGCAGGCAAGAUCGUUGCACUCUGGUUCCCUGUCGUCAUGUUUGUUUUACCUUCGUUCGAACAUGCUAUCGCGAACAUGUACUUUGUCUCGAAUGGUCUCUGGCAUGGUGCUGACAUCACGUUUGGCUGGAUGAUGUUCAAUCAAUCGGCAGCCGUCCUCGGAAAUUUUGUCGGCGGUGCGAUUGCCAUCGGCACGGUGGAACACGCCAUGAACCACUGGACGUCGCCACUUCCAUGGGAAGAAGGACACGCAGUGGGUACGCUCGCUGCUGCAGAUGUCGAGUCGACACGCAAGGCCAAGGAGAAUCGACCCGAGGCCGAGAAACAGCAACUCAGGGAGCUGACACUGACGCGGACACGAAGCCGUGCGCCGAGUUCGCCUGUGCAGAUGCGGAAUGGACACGCUUUGCCUGCAUAA